AGUGAGGGGGGGCUACCGCCUGCCGAGGCCGGCCGGAGGAUUAAGGAGCUGCUGUCCGGGAUAGGCAACACCUCGGAGAGAGUUUCCUUCCUGAAGAAGGCAGUGGACCAGAAGAACCGAGCCCUGGCCAGCCUGAACCAGGUGAUGAAUGUGAGCGCAGCUUUGCUGUCCAGCCAAGAAGGGCAGAAGCCCAUUGCUUGCACUGUCACUGCCAACUGGAGCUGCCUCCUGCUCCAAGACACCGUCACCAUCUCCUGUUUGCUGGAGAACUGCAGCGAGUACAGCCUGGAGGAGGGCUGGACCCUCUGUGUCCAGCUCCUGGCCAGCCCCUGUGCCUUAGAGGAGGAGUCUGUGGAUUCGGCCACCACCUUCACCUUCCCCAUUGACCAGCUCCUCCCCGGGAACAAGAGAGAGCUGACGCUGCCCCUCGGCUCCUGCAAAAAAAAAGCUGCAGACACCAAGCUGGACCUGCCUCUGACCAUCUCCUGUGCCCUCUACUACAGUUUACGGGAUAUUUUGGGCAGCGGCUCUGACUCCUCUGAGGCCCUGGACGACCUCCUGCCGGAUGACUCACCCAUCCUCUCCCCGGACAGAGAGGGGAUCUGCCUGCCCCUCAGCGAAUGCACCAUUGACAUGCUCCAGUGCCUCCGUUUCGAGAGCAGCCCCCCUGGGCCAGAUGCCUCCUCGCAGGCAGCUGCCCCCCCUGCGCCCCCAAACCCUGUGGAGACCUUCCUCAAAGUAUCCCGGGAGCAGGCUGAACCCGAGGGGGUGAAAGCUGGCGAGCUGCCGCAUGCCCCGGGAGAGGGAGACCUGCCCCCCUCGGCGGCAUCCAUCAGGGUAUCCUCGGAGCUGCUGAAAAACGCACUGAAAACCUCCGGCUCAGAUGUCCCGCUGAGCUGUGCCACGCUGCGCUGGCUGCUGGCUGAGAACGCCGGGGCUGAGGCACUGAGCAGCGGGGAAGUGGCAUCGGUGCGUGGUGCAGCGCCGGACGGAGGCGAAGUGCAGCUGCUUGUCCGAGAGGUGGCCAUGAACGACCUCAGCCCGGCGGGCCCCAUACAGGCUGUGGAGAUCCUGAUGGAGAGCCCGUCUCUGGCCCACAUGUGCAGGACGCACCACGCCGUCAUCCGGCGCAUCCAGGUACGCUCGGCCACUGCCACGGGGCCGUGCCACGGGGGGACCCUAA